CUCAAAUUCGCACUUCGCAAAACUUGCGAGAACCUGCCGCUGCCCAGCGCUUGGUUUCGUGGGCCUAUUAACCUACAGUAUCAUCCUGUCGUCACAUCGACCGAUUCACAAGCAAAUCCUGCAUAUACGACUCCGAUAACCCUGCUCGAGAGAACCCUCGCCUUCGCGCAAACCCUUCAUACCACCACUCUACAAGCUGUCGCCAUUCUACCGUCGCCAUGGCUGAGUCUACGAAACCACAACCCACUUCGGUGCCGCGCCGCCAGCAGACCGAGGGUCGCCUCUUGCUUGUAUCUAAUCGUCUACCUAUAACCAUCAAGCGUUCCGACGACGGAAAAUACGAGACAUCCAUGUCCUCAGGUGGCCUCGUCAGCGGCCUAAGCGGCAUGUCCAAAACCACCACUUUCCAGUGGUAUGGCUGGCCGGGCAUGGAGAUUCCCGAGGACGAGAUCGGUGACCUCAAGGCGCAACUCAAGAAAGAUUACAAUGCAGUUCCAAUCAUGUUGGAUGAUGAGCUUGCCGACCGCCACUACAACGGAUUCUCCAACUCUAUCCUUUGGCCACUGUUCCAUUACCACCCCGGUGAGAUCACGUUCGAUGAGUCUGCAUGGGAAGCCUACAAAGAGGCCAAUCGCCUGUUCGCAAAAGCCAUCGCCAAAGACGUUCAGGACAACGACAAGGUCUGGGUCCACGACUACCACCUAAUGCUUCUACCAUCUAUGUUACGAGAGGAGAUUGGCAAUACCAAGAAGAACGUAAAAGUUGGCUUCUUCCUUCAUACCCCUUUCCCCAGCUCGGAAAUCUAUCGCAUUCUCCCUGUUCGGAAUGACAUCCUCUUGGGUGUGCUUCACUGUGAUCUUAUCGGCUUCCAUACCUACGACUACGCUCGCCACUUCUUGAGCAGCUGCUCGCGUAUUCUGGGACUCUCUACCACACCCAACGGUGUCGAGUUCGAAGGCAAGUUGGUUACUGUUGGCGCUUUCCCUAUCGGCAUUGAUCCCGAGAAGUUCGACGAGGGUCUCCAGAAGCCAAAGGUACAGGAGCGCAUUGCAACACUCGAGAAGAAGUUCCAAGGCGUUAAACUCAUUGUCGGAGUCGAUCGUCUGGACUACAUCAAGGGCGUACCCCAAAAGCUGCAUGCACUAGAGGUCUUCUUGACUGAGCACCCCGAGUGGAUCGGUAAAGUGGUUCUUGUUCAAGUCGCUGUGCCCAGCCGACAAGAUGUCGAAGAGUACCAGAACCUUCGUGCUGUCGUCAAUGAGCUCGUUGGCAGGAUCAACGGAAAGUUCGGCACUAUCGAGUUCAUGCCUAUUCACUUCAUGCACAAAUCAGUCUCGUUCGAUGAGUUGAUUGCGUUGUACUCUGUCUCUGAUGCCUGUCUCGUCUCGUCAACUCGCGACGGCAUGAACUUGGUCUCAUACGAGUAUAUCGCUACUCAAGAGAAGCGUCACGGAGUUAUGAUCCUAUCAGAAUUCACCGGCGCUGCACAGAGCUUGAACGGCAGUCUCAUCGUCAACCCCUGGAACACCGAGGAGCUCGCUGAUGCUAUUCACGACGCAGUCACCAUGGGUGAUGAACAGCGCAACCACAACUAUCAAAAGCUGUCCAAGUACAUCCGGAAGUAUACUAGCGCAUGGUGGGGCCAAUCUUUCGUCAACGAGCUGUCAAGGAUAUCUAGUCAUGCUGAACGCAAAGCACGGCGUGCGGAGAUCCCACAUGGCGGUACUCAGAACAGCCAAGACUAA